AUUUCAAAGAAGAAAAAAGUACUGGAGCAGAGCAGUGAAGACGUGAACCAAGUGGAAAUAUAAAAUGAAUAGUGUAGAGUCACAGAUGGAGAAUGGGCUCCUAAUUGUCAGGCAGGAAAGAAGCAACAGGAAUUCCACCUGGCGCUUUGUCAGUAUCUGUGCAUUCCUGUUAUUACUGGGAUCCACCAUCCUCUUUGCUCUGCUGCAUUUUCAGAUCAUCCCAAACUUUGCUGAAAAGGAUGAGAGCAAGAUGCCGGAAAUAUUGGCUAUCAAGUCUUGUUUAGAGUCUGUACCAGUAGCCCAAGCAAUGAAAGGGGAAAAGCUGGCAGCUCAUUUUACAGGUUUUAAAGAAAGUGACAAAUUAUUUUGGGAGCCAUUUGAUUCCGAUUCAUCUGUUGCUGAAAAAAUGCUCAAGGAUAACUCCAUCGUUAUUCCAGAGAAAGGUUUCUACUUUGUGUACACCCAGGUGUCCUUCACAGGUCCUGACUGCAAAAGGGAACCUCUCCAUCUUACCCAUACAGUCAACGUAGUAAGGGAGUCAUAUCCAACUGAAGAGCCAAUCCUCACUUCUAUGAAGACGGUCUGUGAGGUGCAUUCAGGUGCCACUUGGUUUCAGUCCAUCUAUGAAGGGGGGAUCUUUAAUCUGGAAAAGGGCUCUGUUAUCUCAACUGAAACCAAACACAUUGAGUUUCUUGAUGCCGACAAAGAAAGUAAAAUCUACCUGGGCAUCCUUGCCGUAUGAGACAACAUCCAGGGUGGUCUUAAAUAUUUUCAUCAAAGCUGCUGGCUAACCUUGGUAACGUCUCAAUGUCAUGUACACUAGUUUAGCCAAGUAAGAAAAGUUGGACAUCUAUUGCUUAUUUGGCCCAGCUACAAAUGUUGCUUUACAUUGCUACUGAGACUACAGAACUCAUAAUCCUGGACAAACUCUGGAUCAAAAUGCAUUAGUCAACGAUUUUCCAUGA